AUGUCUGCUUGGAAGGUGUUGUCUGAGACAAUACACUGAACAGUGCAACAGAAACCGUGUUUAUGAAUGGAGAUGGAUAAAGUAUUAAACUGAUGUGACAAUCCAGUAUUGGGAUGUUUCUUUGAAAAAAAAAAUCUAAACUCUGGAAGUGUUGACUCUUUAAGAAGAAAGGAAGAUGGAUGACUACCAGCAAGCUCCAUUUGUGAAAAUCAGUGAAGAUAAAGCCAUUUCAAAGUCAGACCUUUUAUCCCUGCUGAAAACAUACAACUGUUACCAUGAAGGUAAAAGUUUCCAGCUAAGGAACAGAGAGGAAGAAGGUGAAUUAAUCGUUGAAGGUUUGCUUAACAUCUCCUGGGGUCUUCGAAGGCCAAUCAGACUUCAGAUGCAUGAUGACAAUGAGCGAGUCCAUUUCUCAUGUACUGGGCCAUGGAGGUUAGAUCAGACUGGUUUAAACAGCCAGAUGGACUGGGAUGAUGGAAAUGAAAAGGCUGCACAGACUGUUCAAAAAGAGAAUACACUGGAGUCCAAUAAUAAUUCUGUUAACAAUGAAAUAUUUUCACAGAAUCUUACAAAUUUAGACUCGGAAAUGACCAACACAGAAGAGGAGACUCCUCAGCUAAUGAGAACAAAGAGUGAUGCAAGUUUCAUGAAUGUCCAGAGAAGAUCCAAAUACCGAACUUCUGGAGAAAUGCAGAGGAUUAAACGACAUAGGUUUUCCAUCAAUGGUCAUUUUUAUAACCACAAGACUUCAGUGUUCACUCCUGCCUAUGGAUCUAUGACAAAUGUUAGAGUGAACAGUACUAUGACCACGCCACAAGUACUGAAUUUACUUCUUAACAAAUUCCGGGUUGAAAAUACAUCUGAUGAAUUUGCACUGUAUUUGGUUCAUGAAACUGGAGAACGGACUAAACUAAGAGACACAGAAUAUCCAUUGAUAUCUAGAAUACUUCAUGGUCCUUGUGAGAAAAUAGCAAAGAUAUUCCUAAUGGAGACAGACCUGGGAGAAGAAGUCACCUAUGAUGUUGCUCAGUAUAUAAAGUUUGAAAUGCCUCUACUUGACAGUUUUGUUGAAAAAUUAAAAGAAGAGGAGGAGAGAGAAAUUACAAAACUAACAAGGAAGUACAGUGCACUGCGAUCCAUGAUCCAGCAGCAGUUGGAGGACAUCGCUGAGAAUGACGAUCAUUUCUGAGCAGAUCAAAUUUAAACACAGUUAACACUGAAUGCCACAAACUCCAAAAGUCCGGUUUAGUGUGUCUGUGCUUCACUUUCUGUAGUCUGAUCCACGCAAUAACAGACAAGUCUGGAGCCUCACUGGGUUAUUACAGUUCUUCAUUGUAUUCACAGAAACAUAAAUUAAAAAUGUAAUUCAAACCAUAAUUACUGUCCUAAUUGAUAUGCUAACACAAAAUCUGACAUGACAACACAGAGCCAGCUCGGUGCUAGAUUUUUUUUUUUUUUUUUUUUUA